AGUGAAUAGGUUCACGCUUACCUGUAGAUAUUAAGCCAACACGACAUACAUACACAUUCGGUUUUUACCUGUCCAGGAAAGUGAGGACUUAUACUAUACAGGUAUAAAAGAGACAAGUGAUAUCCGACUGUUCACAUCAUAAGGUAGCAGCGACGUUAGACUUCGGAUACUGAAUAACAGACUUUAUUCUUAUCGUCAUUAUCACAAAAGACGUGGAAGAUGCAGGGAAACACGUUGAUAUUGGUCAUUUGUACCGUGUUAAUUCCGUCCGUGUUCACAAGAAACUUCAUUCUCCAAGCUGAUAAUACAAGAACAAGGGCAAACCAUGGAGUUGUUCAUUUGGCAAACGCCUCCACUGGAAACGCUCUUAUGGUCAAUGAAAUGGAACCGUUGUCAAUAAACUUCUGCAUACGAGAAAAGACAACUCUACGACUGAAUAAUUUCAGAUUUUCAACUGAUAAUGCUAACGCGUUAUUUACGGUGAACCUGGACCACGGCUACUGGCUAGGCACUUACUACUCACCACCCAAGGGUGGACGGGAGAUCUUCAUCAACACCGGAAGAUUUCCCAGGGUGUACACGUUUGACGCCGGAUGGCACGUCCUAAAAGUUGACGUCAGACCAGGAUCGUCGAAUAUCACCGUUGAUAACAUUGAAUUCGAUAUUGAUGAUGAGAGAAUGAAUUUGGAGAUUCUGCAGUGCACUAUAAUGUGUAUUCAAGAGGCGAAAUUUGAUGUCAAACGGCCUACUCUAACCUCGAAUACUGAAAGCGCCGCCAUAGAACAGAAGUCGUAUGACACGAAAUGUGCAGAAGUGGACAACGUCAACGUUCCAAUUUACAACCCUGCAGUUAGCCAGUUCCUUAUCACCGCAACCCUUCCACAGUACAAGUCAUUCGCUAAUAGACGUCAUGAUAAUCUUACGAACUGUCCUCAUCUGCCGCCACAGCUAUGGAGAUUCUCGGACUUUAUAGCCAAUUCUGACACAAAAGAAAUCCGCGGACAAAAUUCCAGUCUUAUAUUCAUUGCUAAAGACUCCAGAAAAUCGAUAGCUAUUUUUGCUUCCUUUAAACUGGAAGGUGAAAAGGAGGGAAGUAUUGAUUCAAAAAUUGGAAAUGAACUUUAUUUGAGGUUCAAACACUUGAGUGUUCCAGUUACAGUAAUGAUGCAAUACCGACGAAACACCGGAGGUCUGUCCGACCCGUCCGUACGGACAUUUGAUCCGCACACCCUGGAGCAAAUGUGGACCAUCCCGGAUUUCACAUGGAUUGAAGACACAGAUAACUACAUUGUACUUUCCAUGGAAGCUGACGUCAUUAUUAAGUUUGAGGUAGAUUACCUUCAAUUACUCAAACGGCCCAUGGUGCCAGAUGAAAUUUCAACAAUUUACAGAAGCGAUGACGUCAUCAUUGAGACCGUAAAUGUCCAACUCUCAUGGCUUGCACCAAAAACAAUGACGGUACGUUUGAGUAAUGGCGUUAUUGCAGAAAACGUCACAUUCAUCCGCAUUUACCGACCAAUCCCAUGGAACAACGGAUAUGCUCAGGUUUUUGUUCUCUACAACGACGGAAAUGUACGACUCCUUCCAACAGCCCCGGACGGAACCGACUGGAUUCCAUUCGGAACCUCAGUCAUUAUUGGCCAGACCAAAAACGACCGAGUAAGACCGUACACUAUUAUAACUCAGGUGGAUAUCAUUCCUGAACGCUGGCAAAUGAAAGUUUUCUACGAAGACGGCGGUUCUCUUAAAAUGAGCUUAAACAGCACAAACGAAGAAACUCAAUUGUUUGUGAGCGACAUGGAAUUAAUGCAGGAUCGGUUUACGCACCCUUUUGCUACCAUUCGCUCUAUGUACGUGGACGAAGGAAACACCGAUGUUGACAGCGUGAAGAUCGAUAACAAAGAUACAUACCAUAUCAUGGAUUAUUGGGGGUCGUUGACAGGAAGAUCUUUCGCCUUCCACCGCAGGUGUAUAUCAACCCAUCUCACCCUUAGUCCUGACAUUCAGGUAGAUAUUUUGGAGACCAAUCAAGCCAUUACGACCCCUAGAGUUCCACCAAACAAUGUUUAGACCAACCAGGUAUUCAUGUCACCAAGCACUGCAGAUUAGUCGUGUAAUCAUCUAUCUCUAUCUUCUUCGUGUCUGUGGAAACCCUGCGCAUCAGCCUGUCGAUGAAACAUAAAGGUAUGGUUACGACUGUCCGCUUGACGAAAGAGAUUCAUGGAUCACAAUUGUGAUUACUUGGGGAACAGGUUAGACUUACAUGAACCUCUGGUCUCGUGAUCGCUCUCGGACAUAUGCAGGUCUGACUAACACUUGUUAAAUAUAAUUUGAAAUCCAAUGUUUAAUUAAGGUCGUAUAAUGAUUUUUAGAGUUGGUACGUUAUACAUAAUGGCUGUUUUCAUAUUUUGUCUAUCUAGAAUUAUGUAGCGGACAUUGUUAUAUUACCAAUUUAAGAUAUCAUUUUAUUAUUGAAAAUCACUUAAUUUUCUUAAUAUUUAGGAAAAUGUAUCGUUGUGUUUACCAGAACUUGUUUCGAAUACUGUUCCGUAUCUUUACUGAAAACACGCGAGAUUGAAUUUCUCGAACAAAACAAGUGAUUAACAGUAUUGUCCUUAAUUACAUGUAUAUGUUAUAUUUUGUUCAUUAAUUUUGUCAUUUCCUGUCAAGGCUUACUUGUCUUUAAACAUGACUCACGUUAAAGAAGGGAAAGCUAGCCUGGUCCAAUUGUUUGAAGCAUGAUGCACUGUAGUGUAACAAUUUUCGAAAAUCAAAGUAUAAAAAUGUUUGGGGUUUUUUUCAAGAAAUUUCAUUUCUUAAAAUUCCGAUAAUAUUUCAUCACUAAAAUAUCUAAACAUGUCAUUUAAAUUACGAAUUUCAAUAAUUAAAAAAGAAAAAAAAAUCCCCAAAAAAGUAUAAUGGUAAGCCUAAUGCAUCUUUGAACAUACGGGUCUAAGAAUCUUGGCGGUAUUAUGACGUUCUCUGUAAAUCCAAACGAAGUCAUAUCUGAUCUCACUAUUGUUGUUUACGUAUGCUAUUGUUGAGUAAUUAAGUGUGUGAGUGUGUGAGUGUGUAUUCUAAUAUAUUGGUUAAAUUUGAAUAAACCAAUGAAGUUUUCAUCAAGCAAAUUAGACGGGCUAUAUAAAUGAAACCAAUGGAGAUAUGCAAAGUUCAGUGGAAUACAAAGUGUAUUAGCAUUUAGUAUGAUGGAUUGGGCAAGUUGAUUAAUUCAAAAGUCCAUUGAAAAACUUAAAACUAUCAAUCAUUAACUGUUUUAUUAACAUCUAUUUGAUAAAUGCAUUUUAUGCAGACGUGCUAUGCAUUCAUAAGUUUUUUUUUAUUAUACUCCAACCUCGGUCCCAUGUCGCACAUUGAUGUACUUAUUGUUUUCGUCUUGGAUUGAGGCUUGGAAAACUUGUGACUAAUAAAAAUAGCAAAUGCCCGCGGAUAAUAAAAAGCCAUGGUCAGAAUGUGACUCAAAAUAACGAUAAUUAAUGAAAGUCCAUAUUUGCAAUACACAUGUGAAGUAACAAUCACAUGUAUAUCAAAUGUGACUCAAAAUAAUUAUAAUUAAUGAAAAUCCUUAUUUAUAAAACACGUGCUGUAAGGAAAACAAAACUGAAUCAUGCCCGAUUUCUAAAUAAAUAUAUAUUACAAAGUGAAUGUGAAGUGUCCAUGUAUGUCUUUGUUGGAUAAUUUAUGCUAUUGUUGUUUCCGCAAACAUCAAUCAUAACUCUUUUCGUGUACUUACUUUGUUAAAUCUGUCAUAAAUGUCAUUGUAUAUUUAAUUAUUUAUCUCAAUAAAUUGAGUUCCAUGUAGUAA